CAUAAAUCCAGGUCUGUGGAUCCUCUCAUGGCACAAGUCAGGCAUUAGUCGAUGAUCAGCGCUGCACGCCGAUGGAUGCGCCUGCAUGGUUCAAUAUCGAGCUAUGGCGUGCUCUUUCCGACGAUGAAUAAAAAUGCGGCUCGGUAUGCCCGAUUAUAGGAUUCCAACUGGGUGGUUCGACAAUCUCUGCCUGCACGAUAGACACUUAGCCGGUGGCGUACUUUCACCAGGCGAAUUUGUCUACGAACGAGCCAAUGGCUUCCAGCUGGUUUGCCCAGUUCUAUCGAUCAUGUCUUUUCCAGAUCAUCAUAGUAGGCCUUGUGAGCCUCUGUGAACCAGGAAUCUGGACUGCACUCAAUAACCUAGGAGCUGGAGGUCAAGCCAGUCCAUUCCUGAACAACGCCGCCAACGCCCUCACCUAUGGUCUGAUGUCCGUUGGAUGCACGAUUGCCGGAGGUGUCUCCAACAAGAUUACGCCGAAGUGGACACUCUUUAUCGGAGCAGCAUUUUACACGCCCUACGCAGCUGGUCUAUACUGCAACAAUCGCUACGGAAACCAAUGGUUCAUGCUACUGGGUGCCGGUCUUUGUGGUAUCGGAGCAUCUCUAUUGUGGGCAAGUGAGGCCGCCAUCGCUGUUGGAUACCCAGAAGAUGCCAAGAGGGGAAAGUACAUCGCUAUAUGGAUGGGCAUCCGACAACUUGGGCCACUCAUCGGCGGUUCGAUCUCACUAGCAAUUAACGUAAACACCCGGUCGACCGGCAAAGUGAGCUACAACACGUAUCUGGGCCUCAUCGCCAUAUCAGCUCUUGGGGCUCCCUUCGCACUCCUCUUAUCGCAACCUCAGAAAGUGGUACGGAGUGAUGGGACUAAAGUCCAGUAUUUGAAGCAGACAAGUCUGGCUGUGGAGGCACGCGCUAUAUGGAGGCAGCUCAAGAGCCCGUAUCUCCUGCUGUUAGUGCCAGUCUUCCUUGCCGGCCAGUUUGGAGUAACGUAUCAAAGCAAUUAUUUGACGACAUACUUCACCGUCCGUUCACGAGCUUUGGCCUCGUUCCUUACUGCCGUCGUUGGCUUUGGUGCUAAUCUGCUCACGGGUCUGCUGCUGGAUUUGCCUCGGGUAUCUCAAGCCGCCAAAUCUCGCGCGGUAUACAUUGGCGUCGCAGUCUUAAUCACUGCUUGCUGGAUCUGGAACGCAAUUGUGCAAGUAGCUCUUGUGUCUCGGCCUGAUACGACCUUCGAUAUCGGCGGGGGCCCCUUUGCUGGCUCUGCUUUCGCUGUAUACGUGUUCUUCCGCUUCUUUUAUGAAGCUCUGCAAACUUACCUGUACUGGUUAAUGGGCGAGGUUGGCAAUAAUCUGGAGAAUGAAGGACAAAGACACGGCGACAUCGCACGGACCACAGGCAUCUUGCGCUCGUGGGAGUCAAUCGGAAGCACGAUCGCUUACGUAGUAGGCGCAACACAUUGGUCGAAUUUGAACCAGAUGAUACUAGGAUUCGUUCUUUGGUUUGUUACGAUACCUCCUACACUUGUUGCGCUUUACGGACGCUGGGAGCCAGAGAAGGGUGUCAUCGAGGAGGAGACUUCAACAGAUAGCAGCAGUGUCGAAGAACAGAGGGUUCCUGCAGGGCUGAAAGGAUGAGCGGCGAGUAAUACAACUCACUAGUCAGACGUCAUCAGACGAUAUUGUGCUCCAAUUUUAUAUAAGUAUAGAUCAAAUUGGCGCCAGAAGAGAACCAAUUGCGCGGAUAAUGGACAGCAAUGUUCUCGGUUUGGGUGAUUGUCAAGACCGACCUCGGCACCGGUGAACCCGUCGUGUGUCUACCAAUCCUAUCGCUAGCCUUUGGCAACCGGACUAAACCCCAUCAGUCUUAUGAUCCGAG